ACAUCGAUGUGUACGCACGCAGUUUGUCAAGCUGCCGCCGCGUUGUGUCUCCUCGACAGCAGGUGAAUGUUUAACCUGAGGGGAGAGAAGGAGUCUCACCUGGAGGCGUCUCUUUAUGGUCCGUGUGAGGUGGACCUUGUUCUUCAGUCCUCCGUCUCAUUGACUCACUCCACGAGGACGAGCACAGGCUGCCAGGAUGCGAUGGAACAUCCACGUUUUACCUUCAACCCAAAAGAAGGGAUUGAUAAUCCAGCUCUGGUCAUCGCCGAUGAUCCUGAGCCUCAGAGCCCCCGGCCCACCCUGUGCCACCUGAGGCGCCUGGAGGGCCAGAGCUUCGGGUUCCUCCUGCGGGCCCACCGCGGCGGCCAGAGGUGUGAGGUCGGCGGCGUGGCGGCGUGGAGCCCCGCGGGGCGCGGCGGGCUCCGGGACGGGGACCGCGUGCUGGAGGUCAACGAGGAGCGGGCGCACAGCGAGGACUUCUGCAGGAUUGUGAGGAAGAUCCAGUCGUGUGGGCUACACCUGGUCCUGCUGGUGCUGAGACGGGACGAGUAUGAGCAGGCCGAGUCUCUGGGUUUGGAUCUGCAGACGCUGGCCAGGUCGUCCAAAGGGGACGGCUGGUCCAGACCCAGACUGUGUCACAUCAGCAGAGACCCCGAGUGUGGCCUGGGGAUGACCGUCACCCGGGUGGACGGUCAGAAGGGGCAGUUCGCCGUGAACACGCUGACCGACGGCCCCGCGGAGAAAGCCGGCGUCCGCUCGGCUGACCGGCUGAUCUGGAUCAACGGGGAACCGGCGUCCUCGCUCUCUCGGUCCAUGCUGAACAGAACCGUGGAGAGGGGCGGGGCCGCGGUGACGGUGCUGGUCAUCGACCCCGAGGGCGAGUCUUGCCGCGUCAGGAGGAAAACGCCCGUCCUGCCGGCGGUGGCCGAAUGCCGCGGCCUGCCGCACGCCUCCAGGACCAUGCGGCUGCACAAAGGGCCCGACGGGUACGGCUUCCUGCUGAGGCAGGAGAAGCUGGGCGGCUCCCAGAGGAAAGUUCAUGUGUUGAGGGAGGUGGAGGAAGGGAGCCCAGCCGAGGCGGAGCUGAUGGAGGACGGAGACCUGCUGCUGGCCGUUAACGGGACCCCCGUCGAGUCUCUGGAGCACGACGACGUGGUCAAAGAGAUCCGACGGAGCGAGGACAAAGUGGUCCUCACCGUCAUGUCCACGCGGGGGAGGGACUUUUACAGAGAGUUGGGGAUUUCUCCCCUGUUGUUCCACGAGGAGGGUUCACUCUGGGACGAGGGGCAGCAGCACCAGACCCAGGGGGACACCCCUCUGAGAGACAGAGGGGGACGCCCCACAAUCAAGGGGACAGACGGACCGGGACAGACUGUGACCCAGAUCAGCCAGGAACUCUGAGCCGAAGCUGUGUGAGAAAAGCUGUCCAGGAGAGAAUGAUUGAGAUGGAGGUCCGACGCCUUGAAAAAGUGGAGUUAUUGCUUCAGUGUGUAAUUAUGCAGCUGCUGGGCCGAGAUGCUCCUCCACCUCUGGAAUUGGAUUGCAGGACUUCUUAGAUUCUCUUCUGUAUUUUUGAGCCAUUUAAAAAAACAAUCAUUUUUUUAUGUGAAGCUUUCUGAAUCACAUCACAUGUCUCUUAGCUGACGCUUUUAUCCAAAUGACUUACAUUGCACUUUUACAUUCAGUUGGGUGUCUUGCUCAGGGGCACUGGCGCAGGCGGGGUUCCAACCGCCAACCCUGUGGCGCUCCGUCUCUACCCCAAUGCGCCGCCGUCGUAUGAUAACGUUAAAUUAUUAAGCGGCAUAUAUUGAUCGAGUAUUUUUCAGAGGCCGAUCCAUGCGAUGUCUUUAUAUGAUGCACUGAGCAUUAAACGUUAAACCCGUUUCAUCAGUACA